GCAGCUAGUUUCUCCAUAGCUCAGAGGUAGGCAAAGAGCCUCAAGAGGAGUUUGGGAGUGGAGGAGCUGCACACCAGAGGCCUCUGGAGGAGGAGCGCGAGCGCCACCCUGACAGAGUCAUGUGGCUGGAACUUGUCCUGGCUUCCGUGCUGGGCUUCGUCAUCUACUGGUUUGUCACCCGGGACAAGGAGGAGACCUUACCACUUGAAGAUGGGUGGUGGGGCCCAGGGUCAAAGCCCUCAGCCAAAGAAGAUGAGAGCAUCCGGCCCUUCAAGGUGGAGACAUCAGAUGAGGAGAUCAAGGACUUACACCAGAGGAUAGAUGGGUUCCGGGCAUCCCCGCCUUUGGAGGGCAGCCGCUUCCACUAUGGCUUCAACUCCAACUACCUGAAGAAAGUGGUGUCCUACUGGAGGAAUGAGUUUGACUGGAGGAAGCAGGUGGAGAUCCUCAACCAGUACCCCCACUUCAAGACCAAGAUUGAAGGGCUGGACAUCCACUUCAUCCACGUGAAGCCUCCCCAGCCGCCCUCAGGCCGCACCCCAAAGCCCUUGCUGAUGGUGCACGGCUGGCCCGGCUCCUUCUAUGAGUUUUACAAGAUCAUCCCACUGUUGACUGACCCCAAGACCCACGGCCUGAGUGAUGAACAUGUGUUUGAAAUCAUCUGUCCCUCCAUUCCUGGCUAUGGCUUCUCACAGGCAUCCAGCAAGAAAGGUUUAAAUACCGUGGCCACCGCAAGGAUCUUCUACAAGCUGAUGUCACGACUGGGCUUCCAGAAAUUCUACAUUCAAGGCGGGGACUGGGGGUCCCUCAUCUGUACCAACGUGGCCCAGUUGGUUCCCAACCACGUGAAAGGCCUACACUUGAAUGUGGCUUUCAUUCCAAGCAGCAUUUACCCCCUGACCCCUCUCCUGGGCCAGCGUUUUGGGAGAUUUCUUGGCUACACAGAGAAGGAUAUCGAGCUCUUGUAUCCCUAUAAGGAGAAGGUUUUCUACAGCAUCAUGAGGGAGAGCGGCUACUUACACAUCCAGGCCACCAAGCCGGACACUGUGGGCUGCGCCCUGAAUGACUCUCCCGUGGGCCUGGCUGCGUACAUCUUAGAAAAGUUCUCCACAUGGACCAAGUCAGAAUUCCGUGACCUGGAGGAUGGAGGCUUGGAGAGGAAAUUCUCCCUGCAAGAUCUGCUGACUAACAUCAUGAUCUACUGGACCACAGGAACCAUUGUCUCCUCCCAGCGCUACUACAAGGAGAACAUGGGCCAGGGCUUCAUGGUGCAUAGACAUGAGAGGAUGAAGGUCUUUGUGCCCACCGGCUUUUCUGCCUUCCCUUCCGAGAUAAUGCAUACCCCAGAAAAGUGGGUGAAGGCCAAGUACCCCAAACUCAUCUCCUAUUCCUACAUGGAACGUGGGGGCCACUUUGCUGCCUUUGAAGAGCCCAGACUUCUGGCCCAGGACAUCCGCAAGUUUGUGUCCCUGGCUGAGCUGCAGUCAUGACGCUGGACACCACCCAUGGCUUUAGCAGGAGCCCAGGUUCCUCCCGAGUCACACUUAUGGAAGAUGGCCCCUUUCUGCGGAAUAAGCUUGUUCCCUGAGCACACUGGGGGACCCCGACUUAAACCCCACAGAGCCGUCUCUCAGCACCCCAUAUGCUUGACCCCACUACAUAGCUGUGUUGAGCUACUUGGCUUUUAUGAUAAAUGGAUUGAUUUCUAAGAA